AUGAACACACUUUCAAGGCGCGAAGAGGAAACGCUGGUCAAGACCACCAAAGCGCAUGCACUCAAGCAAUGUGAUCAAUUGGUGAAAGAUUUCGCAGCGUGCUCUGAAGGCAGGACUAUAUCUGUCGCGUGGGCAUGUAAGGACAAAUGGAAAGGCGUGCAGGACUGCAUAUCUCAGUAG